AUGGCAAGUUAUUCUGCAAAUAACAGAUCCAUCAGUUUGCCAAGCAGAUCACAUCCAGCAACUGAGAAAAUUGAAGAGGAGUUCAACAAGUUCAAGACUUGGGAAUUCUCAGCCUCACCAACUGCAGAAGCUGUUUACAAUGGUUUACUUAGUUUGGGAGAGGUGCAUAGGUACAUGAGUGAUCUUCUCAACUUGCCCCUGACUCUUCAAGCCCUUUCCAAAUGCCAAGAUAAAAAAUGGGUCGAUGAAAUCUUGGAUAAAUUUAUGAGAUUUCUUGAUAUAUGUGAGGCAACAAGGGAGCUGGUGUCACAGUUUAAAGAAAAUGUUAAAGAUGUUCAGUCCUUACUGAGAAGGAGAAAAGGAGAUUUGAGCAUCACUAACUACACUUCGUUUAGGAAGAAGAUGAAGAAAGAUGCCAAAAACUUAGUUACAAUUUUAAAGAAAAUGGAGCAUGAGGAGGUGGUUGCUGUAAUGGAAGCUGAUCAACUUGUCUCAGCUGUUAUAAGAGUGCUAAGAGAAGUUAGUACAAUGGGAAUUUCAGUAUUCCAAAAUGUGUUGGUUUUCUUGUCAGCUCCAGUUUCUAAGCCAAUAAGCAAAUGGUCUUUGGUUUCAAGAUUGGUGAACAAGGGAGAUCAAGACAAUGUAAAUGAGAUAGAAAGUGCUGAUGUUGCAUUAAACAGCCUUUUCAAGUAUGGUUCUAAUGAAGUGGAAAAGAUACAGUUUGUACAGAGCAAAGUGGAAAAUCUGGAAGCUCAUUUUGAAUGCAUUGAGGAUGGCAUGGACAACAUCUUUAGGUGGUUGAUCAGAUCAAGGAGCACACUCCUGAAUGUUGUCUCUUGCCAAUGA